GAAACAACAUGAAUCAGAUGCUACAAAAGGACCUGGAUCUCAUGAAGAGCAGGCCAUUAAUUCUGAGAAGAAACAAAAUGAAUCAGAUGCUACAAAAGGACCUGGAUCUCAUGAAAAACAGGCCAUUAAUUCUGAGAAGAAACAAAAUGAUUCAGAUGCUACAAAAGGACCUGGAUCUCAUGAAGAGCAGGGCAUUAAUUCUGAGAAGAAACAAAAUGAAUCAGAUGCUACAAAGGGACUUGGAUCUCAUGAAGAGCAGGCCAUUAAUUAUAAGAAGAAACAAAAUGAAUCAGAUGCUACAAAGGGAAUUGGAUCUUCCGAAGAACAGGACAUUAAUUCUGAGAAGAAACAACAUGAAUCAGAUGCUUCAAAGGGCCUUGGAUCUCAUGAAAAACAGGCCAUUAAUUCUGAGAAGAAACAAGAUGAUUCAGAUGCUACAAAGGGACUUGGAUCUUCUGAAGAACAGGGCAUUAAUUCUGAGAAGAAACAAAAUGAAUCAGAUGCUACAAAAGGACUUGGAUCUCAUGAAGAGCAGGGCAUUAAUUCUGAGAAGAAACAAAAUGAAUCAGAUGCUACAAAGGGACUUGGAUCUUCUGAUGAACAGGGCAUUAAUUCUGGGAAGAAACAAAAUGAUUCAGAUGCUACAAAGGGCCUUGGAUCUCAUGAAGAGCAGGGCAUUAAUUCUGGGAAGAAACAAAAUGAAUCAGAUGCUACAAAAGGACCUGGAUCUCAUGAAAAACAGGCCAUUAAUUCUGAGAAGAAACAAAAUGAAUCAGAUGCUACAAAGGGACUUGGAUCUCAUGAAAAACAGACCAUUAAUUCUGAGAAGAAACAAAAUGAAUUAGAUGCUACAAAGGGACUUGGAUCUUCUGAAGAACAGGGCAUUAAUUCUGAGAAGAAACAAAAUGAUUCAGAUGCUACAAAGGGACUUGGAUCUCAUGAAAAACAGGCCAUUAAUUCUGAGAAGAAGAAAAAUGCUGAAUCAGAUGCUGCAAAGGGUACUAAAAAUGAUAGAGAUCAAAGUGUUGUAUUUGUAUUAAAAAAAAGCCCUGGAUUUAACAGAGAAAAAUUGACUAUUUCUGAGGAGAAACAAAAUUCUGAUUUAAAUGCAACAAAAGUCUCUGGAUCUAAUGAAGAGCUAGAAACUAAUUCUGGGAAGAAACAUAAUGCUGAAUCAGUUGAUGUAAAAGGCUUUGAAUCUAAUGAUCAAGGAACUAAUUUAGAGAAUAAACAAAAUGCUGAAUCAGAUGCUCUAAAAAGCCUUGGCUCUAAUGAACAGGACAUUAAUUCUGAGGAAAAACAAAAUAUUAAAUCAACAAAAGGCCCAGAACCUAACAGAG